AUGUUAAUGGAAAACGUUUUUUUCUUUUUCUUCUUGAUUAAUUCUGUUUAUCUUCAAAUUCAAAUAAAUCUUUAUGAUACAAAUUGGUCAAAUGAAAAUUUAAAUAUUCAACAUGAUUGUUUAAAUAUUCCAGUUCAUAUUGAAGAUGAAGCUGAAUCUCAUCAAACAAUAUCUUAUUGUAUGGGUGAAUGGCCUUCUCAAUUUCAUCUAAUUGAAAAUAAUUUUGAUAAUAAAUAUACUUUUUCUCAAUUACAAGAACGAGAUGUAACAUCUGAACAAUUAUAUUACUGGUCAGCAUCAAUUGAUGUUAUUGAAGAAUAUCAAAAUUAUUUAGAUAAGAAAUCAUUUGAAAAUCAAAUUUAUUAUAAUUGUACAUUACCAUAUUUUGGUUCAAAAUGUCAAUAUACUUUAGAAAUUUAUAAUGAAAUUUAUUCAACAAUUAAUGAUAUGAUUCAUAAUUAUUAUAAAUAUAAUUUAUAUAAACCAACAUUAUUCACAUGUUAUGGCCAUUUAGAAUGUAAUCGUGGUCCAUAUCCAUCAUGUCUUGAUUGGACAGAAAUAUGUGAUGGAAAAAUUGAUUGUUUUGAUACAGGUAUUGAUGAAAAAGAUUGUUGGCAUUUAGAAAUGCAUCAAUGUAACCAAAAUGAAUUUAAAUGUGCUUUUUAUGCACAAUGUAUACCGUUAGAAUUUUUACUUGAUCAGUCAAGUAUACCUGAUUGUCUUGAUCAAUCUGAUAACCUAUAUUUUAUUUUGUUACAUGGUUCUCGUUUUCCACGAACGUUUUUCCAAGAACCAUCAUCCAUAUUUGAAGAUUUAUCAUGUGUCAAAAAAAAAUUUAUGGAAUAUGAUAUUACUCCAAUUGCAACAAGUUCAUGUGUUUCAUCUCGUGGACAACUUUUAUUAGAUGCUAUGUUUUCCAUGAAAACAAAUUUAACAACUGAAGAAUGCUGGAAAGUAUUGAAAUGUUUUAUUAAAGGAUUAAAUUUGAAAAUUGAAGAAUGUUCAUUACUUUGUGAAAAUCAUGGUGAUUAUGGAUGUAUUGAAAUAAUAAGAAAAACAUGUCCAGAUAUUAUAUUUAUUCCAUCAUAUCCAAUAUUUCGUGGUCAUAUUUAUUUAGCAUAUGAUAAAUCGAAAAUAAAAACUCCCUAUUUUCCACCACAACCAACUUAUGUUUGUUACGAUGAACAAUUCAUUAAUAUACCUAAGGAUGGAAAACAAUUAUUUAAAUUUAAUAAUAAAACUUGUCGUCAUUUCAUUGAUUCAAUGAUUGGUCGUGAACCAUAUGAUGAGUUCGAUUGGUUAAUAAGACAUGUUCGUAGAGUUGAAAGAUGGUUACAUAAAACUGAUAUGUUAAUUGGUAUUAAUUCAACAUUUUGUAAUCAAUCAAUAAUGUAUCAAUGUAUGAAUUCAUCAAAAUGUAUUUCAAAAGCUCGUCUUUUCGAUCGUAUCAUAGAUUGUUAUUAUGAAGAUGAUGAAAGUCUAUCUGUAUUAAAAAAUAUCGAAUUAGUACAAUCAAAUUCAAAUUUUAUGCAAUGUCAACCAAAUGGUGAAUUUUUUCCUUGGUUUCUAUUUAACGAUAUAUACAGUUGUGAAUGUAGUGGAUCUGGUGACGAUUAUUGUUUUGAUGAAAAUUUGAAUGAUUUUUAUUUUAAAAAAACAAUUUCAUUUCAAACAAUUUGUGAUAAAUUUACACAUUUAGCACCGGAAUUUACUGAAAAUAAAAAUGAAACAGAUGAAACAAAUUGUGAAUCUUGGCCAUCUCUUCAUAUAUAUAAUCGUUGUAAUGGAUUUUGGGAUUUUCUUAAUGGUUCCGAUGAACUUAAUUGUGAUUCAUCAUUAGAAUUAUUGAACUGUUCACAAAAUUAUCAUGUUUGUGUUUCAGCAGAAACACGUGAAUUAAUGUGUUUACCAAUUGAAAAAGUUAAUGAUAAUAUUACUGAUUGUAUUGGUGCUGCUGAUGAACCAACUCGAUGUGAUGAAAGAUUUAUAGCAUAUAAUGUUUUUUAUAUGAAACAGGAAGAUCCAAAACUAUUUGGUUGUCAUAGUAAUGAAGAAUGUAUAUUAGGUGAUCAAAUAUGUGAUACUCAUGAUGAUUGUCCUAAUGGAGAAGAUGAAAAAGUUUGUAAAAAUAAAGAUUUAGCAGGAAUAGAUCCACUUAUCGCUAAAGGUGCUUGUACAAAAAAGUAUGAAGAAUAUGAAUCUGAUAUUAUCAAAAUAUUAUGUAGAUUAUUUACUAACGAUGGAUAUCGGCGUGAAGUAUAUUUUACUUUGGAUUAUAGUGAAAAUUCUAAGGGUCAUUACUCGAAGCCCAGUACGAUCAUGUGGUCAGAUACAUAUAAACCAAUUGCACCCAAUGCUAAAUUGUAUCAACAACGUUGUCAUCGUGGUCUUGAUUUAAAAAUUUGGUUAGAUAAACAAAAUAAUCUAACAAACAAUACUUGUCUUUGUCCUCCAAGUUAUUAUGGAAAUAUUUGUCAAUAUCAAAAUCAACGAAUUAGUCUUACUUUACAAUUUCGUGCUACAACUGAUUCCAUAUUUAUUCCUUUUAUUAUAAUUAUAUCAUUAAUUGAUAACAGUGAUCAAAAAAUAAUUCAUUCAUAUGAACAAAUUAAUUUUUUAGCUUCAAAACAUUGUCAAAAAAAAUUUAAUUUUUAUUUAUUAUAUUCAUCAAAACCAAAAGAUUCAACAAAAACUUAUUUUAUACAUAUAGAUUUUUAUGAAAAAUUAACAUUAAAUUAUCGUGGUAGUAUUCUUCAACAAGUUAAUUAUUCAUUUUUACCAGUUCAUCGAUUUGUUUUACAAUUAGAUAUUCCAAAUAAUUAUGAUCAAAGUUUAUAUUGUUUAGAUAAACAAUGUACUCAUGGAAAAUGUAUCAAGUAUUUUAAUAAUCCAACUAAUCAAACAUUUUGUCAAUGCGAUCCAGGCUGGACAGGAAAAUUUUGUACAGUUAAAUAUGAUUGUUUAUGUUCAUCUCCAUCAUUAUGUAUUGGUAAAUUAGUAAAUAAUCGAUCUUUAUGUGUAUGUCCAAUUAAUACAAUGGGUCCUCGAUGUUUAAUUCAACAUCAAUCAUAUGAAAUAUGUCAAAAUGGUGGUCACGGUGUAUUAAUAGAUGAAUAUGAAAUUCCAAAAAAAAAAUUUAUUUGUACUUGCUCAAAAGGUUAUUCAGGUGAUCAAUGUGAACAAAAUCAAACAAAACUUGAAGUAUCAUUUGAUGGAAAUAUUGAUUUAUAUCCAUCAAUAUUUAUUCAUUUUAUUGAAGUUAAAACUAAUGAUGUUCCAAUUCGUACAACAACUAUUAAAAGAACACGAAUCGAACAAAAUUCAUUUAUUGUUUAUCGAUCAUUACCGUUUCAUAUUGCUUUUGUUGAAUUAUCAAAUAAAAGUUAUUAUUUAGUUUAUAUGCAAAAGAAAUAUCAACCAUUAAUUAUUCAAAAAACCUUGAAUUCAUUUGAUCAAUGUUUAAAUAUAAGUAAAUUAUUUAAUGAAACAAUGAUGAAUUAUCAUUUUCUUCGUCGUAUUAAAUAUUAUCAUAUACCAUGUCAAACAAAUUCAUCAUUAUUAUGUUUUUAUGAUGAACAACAAUUUUGUUUAUGUCAACAACUUGAUCAACAACGUGUAACAAAUUGUUUUAAUUUUAAUCAUACUUCUAGUGUAAGUUGUUCGAAUGGAAAUCUAUGUAAACAUGGUGGAAAAUGUUUUGAAGAAAAUUCUAAAUGUCCAAAAUAUUUCUUAUGUCAAUGUCCUGAUUGUUAUUAUGGAAUACGAUGUGAAGAAACUAUAAAUGGAUUUAGUCUUUCAUUAGAUGCUAUUCUUGCUUAUCAUACUUAUCCAAAUCAAAAUCUAUUUGAUCAAUCACAUGCUAUAUUAACAAGUUCAAUUUUAAGUACAAUUAUUAUUAUUAUUGGAUUAAUAAAUAGUAUUUUAUCAUUAAUUACAUUUCAAAAUAAAACAACACGUGAUUUAGGUUGUGGAAUUUAUCUUUUAUUUACAUCAUUAAUAAAUUUAUUUUUAAUGAUUCUAUUUCCAAUAAAAUAUUGGAUUAAUAUUUAUUCUCAAAUUGGAUUUAUAACUAAUCAAUCAUUUUUAAAUAUUCAUUGUUAUUUAAUGGAUUUUCUUAUUCGAUUCUGUUUAAAUAUGGAUCAAUGGUUAACAACAUUUGUAUCAAUUGAACGUGCAUAUAUAACAAUAAAAGGUGUCCUAUUUAAUAAAAAACAAACAAAAUUAAUAGCUAAACGAACGAUAAUUGUUCUUAUAUUUUUAAUAAUUUUAACAAAUAUUCAUGAUCCUAUUUAUCGAAAAUUAUUUAUUGACAAUCAAUUUGAUGAUGAUGAACAUAUGAAAAUUAUAUGUCAUGUUGAAUAUAAAUCAAAUCUUCGAGUAUAUAAUUUAAUAAUGAAUGUAUUUCAUUAUGUUACACCAUUUAUUAUUAAUUUAAUAUCAGCUAUUAUUAUUAUUUUUAUAAAUACUAAACAGAGAAAAUCAUUACAGAAUAAUCAAAAAAAAUAUUUUGAUAUAUUAAAAGAACAAAUUGGACAACAUAAAAAUCUUCUUAUUGGACCAUUUGUAUUAAUUAUUCUUAAUCUCUCACGUUUAAUUAUAUCAUUUACAUCUGGUUGUAUGACAUCAAAAAGUAAUUCAUGGUUAUUUCUUUUAGGAUAUUUUAUAUCAUUAAUUCCACCAUUACUUACAUUUAUUUUAUUUGUUUUACCAUCAACUGUCUAUAAACAAGCUUUUAGAAAAAAUAUUAGUCAUUAUAAGAAGAUCAUUAUUAGACGUCCAUGA